GACAACUUUCACAACUUACGGACUGACCACUACCUAGUGACUAUACCCAGAAUGCCUCCCAAAGCCGAUAUCAACAAAGCAGGAUGGGAGCAGAGCGAAUUUCCUAUUCUUUGCGAAACAUGUUUAGGUGAUAAUCCGUUUAUUCGCAUGUCGAAGCAAGAGUACGGACGCUCUUGUGGUACCUGUGCACGACCGUUCACAGUAUUCCGAUGGAAUCCAGGUUCUGGCAUGCGCUUCAAAACCACCGUCAUUUGUCAAACGUGUGCCAAAGUGAAGAAUGUCUGCCAGACGUGUCUUCUCGAUCUUGAAUAUGGUCUACCCACGCAAGUCCGUGAUACCGCUUUGGCUCUGGAGAAGGACGCGCCUACAAGUGAUAUAAAUCGGGAAUACUAUGCGCAGAACAUGGAGGCCAAGCUGGAAGGUGACAAGUCCGGCCUUAGCAGCGGACGAACGCAGUCUGCAGGGAAGGAAAUGUUGAAGCAACUGGCGCGGACAGAUCCUUAUUAUAAGCGCAAUCGACCACAUGUGUGCUCCUUUUUCGUCAAGGGGGAAUGCAAACGCGGAUCUGAAUGCCCAUACCGACAUGAGAAACCCGUAGAGAGUGCGCUGUCACACCAGAAUUUGCAGGAUCGGUACCACGGGCGAAAUGACCCCGUAGCCCGUAAAAUUAUGGCCACACACGCCGAAAAUCAGGGCCUGAAGCCUCCUGAUGACGAGACUAUUACAUCAAUAUUUUUAUCUUCACUUUCUCCCGAAUCCACGGAACUGAGUAUACGCACCACCGUUCUCAAGUCACUACCUAGUGUUGAGCCAACGCAGCUACGUUCUGUUGUUCAUGUAGCCAAGUCACGGUGUGCAUUCAUCAACUUUAAGGAGCGAAGUAUCGCUGAACGUGCAGCUGAGGCGUGGGCUAACGGUCUUGAGAUUGAUGGAGAACGAAUAGCGAUAAAAUGGGGCCGGAGCAAAGCGAAGCCACUUGCCCCGACCGCAGUGGCGGCCGCGUCGUAGACUUCAUUCCCGUUGUCUUGUAUUAUUAGAUAGAUAUUUGCACGAGUAUUAGCGUCCUUUCCUUUGAGGU